AUGACUUCUAAUCAACCCUUCCUCAAUCAAUUGUCUAUUUUUGAGACAAAUUCUGAUGAAGAGAAUGACACCGCGGUUAAAGACAUCCCAGUUGGACCAUUUUUCGCAAACGUUGACAUUAUCCGUGACAAAAUUCUCCAGAUUGAUGAUUCUUCUGAUUAUAAAGCCGACUUCAUAUGUUGGGCAAUGAUGAUGAAAAAUGUGGAUGUAAGAGCCGAAUACGCAUUAUUCAAGAUGGGAAGCGGUUAUAAAAAGGAUGUGCUGAAAAUUUAUUUAUCUCCUGGAAAUGUAUAUUAUUGGUAUCCAACUAUAUGCGUAAACGGAACUUCUGUUGAUAUGCGUAAAGCUUCACUUUUUCUACAAUACCUCCACGAUUACGUUGACGGCAAUGUCACUGAGGUUCAAAUUAUCAAUCAGUACAGGAAACGUCUGCGGAUCUCAAGACUGCUUCAUCGAAAAAUAAUUCAAACCCUGAUUGGCUCGGAAAAGAAACAUUUGAAAAAGGUGUUCGGGAUGGAUCAACUCUGCGGGGGAUGCAAACUUUGUUUCGAUUUGGUGGAUAAUCUGGAAGAGCAUAGUUUAGUCACAUGGAAAAUGUUGAGCCGUGGAUCUAAUACUGUGUUCAAUCACAUCUCAGUCCCUGAGUUGCUAAUGUUUCAAAUAGCUCAACGAUGCAUGAAUAGCACCAGUGACAAGGAAAGCUGCAUGAAGCUCCUUUCAAGUUUUAUUGAAGACAAUAUUUCCGUAAAAAAGCUGACGAUUCCAUCCCCCAGAUAUGACGGGCCUCCGGUGGAAGUUUUGGUAGCAAUUUUGAAGCAGUGGAAAGUGAGAAGCGCUGUUCUGGACGUGCAUGAUUUCCAGGAAUAUUGCGAACUUGGCAACAAAAAACAGUUUUUCACAAAAUUCUGUUUUGGAAGAAAAGACGAAGAAUUGUCUUGGGAGUCAACGCAUUUCAUUGAGUCACUUACCAUUAAGUUUACCUUCUCUGGACGCGUGUUUCGGCAGUUGCAAGAAUUAUUGAGGAACUAUACGAAGCUAUAUCGCAUCACUAGCAAAAUCCGAAAAGUAGUGUCUUCAACUCAACACUGUGCCAUUGUCUUCUCAGGGAAAUUUAACGAUCACCGAAUUCGAAGCAACGUGAUCAUCAUCCCAUGUAUCGUCAAUACGGGGAACAUGGAGAAGCAGUCCAACUUUACAAUGGAAUUCUUCCUUCCGCUCAAUGUGGCAAUCGACGCGGAAUCUUUCCUCAAAAGAUUGAAUGCUUCCAAGCUUAAUUCCUGGAUACUUUCAACAAUUGCUUCCGACCAAGAGCGUGAGCUGCCAUUAAAUGAGCAACACGAGAACUGCAAGUGGGAAAAGAUGAGAUUCUACAACAAGAUUCGGAGCAACUGGAUUAUUUUGCAUGUUUGUACCAAAGCUUGA